AGGCAUUGAACGCGACGUAACCACCCACCACCAUAUUGAAAAAUAAAAAUUAGUUUAUCAAUGAUGAAUUGAUGAUGAGCAAGUGAUAAUAGAAAUUGUGCUAAAUUUAAUGUGUAUUUGUAAAAAUGGCUGGGAAUUUCGGAAUGCAGCAGUUGAUCCCAAUUGUAAACAAAUUACAAGAUGCCUUUGUGCAAAUGGGCGUUCACAUGUCUUUGGAUCUCCCACAAAUUGCAGUUGUGGGUGGUCAGUCCGCUGGAAAGAGUUCAGUAUUAGAAAAUUUUGUAGGCAGAGACUUUUUGCCUCGUGGAUCUGGUAUCGUCACUCGGCGUCCUUUGAUUCUACAGCUCAUAAAUGGAAAUGCAGAAUAUGCGGAAUUUCUUCACUGCAAGGGCAAAAAAUUCGUCGACUUCAACGAAGUGCGAUCUGAGAUCGAAGCGGAGACGGACCGCAUCACGGGCUCCAACAAGGGUAUAUCGCCAGUACCCAUUAAUUUGCGCGUCUAUUCUCCUAAUGUCCUUAACUUGACACUGAUCGACUUGCCGGGAUUGACGAAGGUGCCUAUAGGUGACCAGCCUAUUGACAUAGAACAACAGAUCAAGGCCAUGAUCUUCCAGUUCAUUCGCCGCGAGUCGUGCCUCAUUCUUGCGGUGACGCCCGCCAAUACAGAUCUGGCUAACAGCGAUGCCUUAAAACUUGCCAAAGAAGUAGACCCUCAAGGUCUGCGAACAAUCGGCGUAAUAACCAAAUUGGAUCUGAUGGACGAAGGUACAGAUGCCCGCGAUGUAUUAGAAAACAAAUUGCUGCCUCUGAGGCGUGGCUAUAUCGGUGUGGUGAAUCGCUCGCAGAAGGACAUCGAUGGAAGGAAGGACAUCUCUGCUGCGCUCGCUGCUGAGCGGAAGUUCUUCCUCAGCCAUCCUUCAUACAGACACAUAGCCGAUCGCCUCGGGACCCCAUACCUGCAGAGGGUUUUGAACCAGCAACUUACGAACCACAUCCGCGAUACGUUGCCGGGACUUCGGGACAAGUUGCAAAAGCAACUGUUGGCGCUAGAAAAAGAUGUAGAUCAGUAUAAGCACUUUAGGCCUGACGAUCCAUCGAUCAAGACUAAGGCUAUGCUUCAAAUGAUCCAACAGUUGCAGACAGACUUUGAACGCACAAUCGAGGGUUCAGGCUCCGCUCAAAUUAAUACCAACGAAUUGUCUGGUGGUGCUAAGAUAAACAGACUGUUUCACGAACGUUUCCCGUUUGAGAUUGUCAAGAUGGAGUUCGAUGAGAAGGAAUUGCGGAGAGAGAUCGCUUUCGCCAUUCGAAACAUUCACGGUAUUAGGGUUGGUCUGUUCACUCCCGACAUGGCCUUCGAAGCUAUAGUAAAAAAGCAAAUUGCUCGGCUAAAGGAACCUUGCAUCAAAUGCGUCGACCUGGUGGUCCAAGAGCUGUCUAAUGUAGUUCGUUUCUGUACCGAAAGAAUGUCUCGAUAUCCGAGGUUGCGUGAAGAGACGGAACGCAUAAUAAUGUCCCACGUGCGGUCUCGUGAGCAGCAGUGUAAAGAUCAACUGCUGCUACUCAUAGACUGCGAACUCGCUUAUAUGAACACUAAUCAUGAGGACUUUAUUGGGUUUGCCAAUGCACAGAAUCAAUCGGAAAAUGCCAACAAAUCUGGUCAUCGCGCUCUCGGUAAUCAAGUAAUUAGAAAAGGCUACAUGUGCAUACAUAAUUUGGGAAUUAUGAAAGGUGGUUCCCGCGAUUACUGGUUUGUCUUAACGUCGGAAAGUAUCUCGUGGUACAAGGACGAAGAAGAGCGAGAAAAGAAAUACAUGUUGCCACUGGAUGGACUUAAGUUGCGUGAUCUUGAGCAAGGUUUCAUGUCACGCCGACAUAUGUUUGCACUUUUCAAUCCAGAGGGCAGGAACGUUUAUAAGGACUACAAACAGCUAGAGUUGUCGUGUGAAACACAAGACGACGUCGACUCUUGGAAGGCAUCGUUCCUCCGUGCCGGCGUUUACCCCGAGAAGACUUCAGAGGCUGCAAAUGGAGAGGAGAACUCUGACAGUGCGGGUACCAGCAGUAUGGAUCCACAGCUGGAGCGACAGGUGGAGACGAUUCGCAACCUGGUCGACUCGUACAUGCGUAUCGUGACUAAGACCACGCGCGAUCUUGUGCCCAAAACCAUUAUGAUGCUAAUCAUAAAUAACGCUAAAGAUUUUAUAAACGGAGAGUUGCUCGCACAUUUGUACGCUUCCGGUGAUCAGUCGCAAAUGAUGGAGGAAUCACCGGAGGAGGCGCAGAAGCGCGAGGAGAUGUUGCGCAUGUAUCACGCGUGCAAGGAGGCGCUUCAUAUUAUCGGCGAUGUGUCUAUGGCGACAGUGAGCACACCCGUGCCACCGCCGGUCAAGAACGACUGGCUCGAGAGCAGGCUCGACUCGAACCCGAGACUGUCGCCGCCAUCGCCCGGCGGACCGAGGCGAGCGGCGCCCGCGCAACAGGGAUCGUUGGGUCAGCGGGGGGCGCCACCGCCGCCUGCGGGUACAGGCCGACCGGCCCCGCCCCUGCCGUCGAGGCCGGGUGGGGCCGCGCCCCCGCCCCCCGCCUCACGCCCCGCACCGGGGGCCGGUCUGCCCGCUCCGCUCAUACCUACGAGGCCUGGUGGUGGAAGCGCGUCUGGCGCGGUGAUGGGGGCGAUGAACCAGAUGCCGCCGCACAUGCGGCAACAGGUGAACCAGGCGGUCGGCCAGGCGGUCACCAACGCGGCAAUCAACGAACUCAGCUCCGCAUUCGCCAGAUUCAAGUAAACGACUAACUGCACACGCCUUGUCGACACACUAAUGUCUAACGUCCUCGAUUUAACGUUAAAAGUUGUCACCCUGCCAGUGUUUUACUCUGAAUACUUGUGAAGUGUAAAGCAUCGCUUAGGUAACGGGACACAAACCAUCUGCGGUUAUUAUUAUUAUUAUUUUUUAAAGUAAUUUAUAUAAGUUAAUGUGAAUAUUUGAACUACAGCCACCAGUUGGGUGUCUUAAACUACACAGUGUCGUAUUUGUUACUGGGAAGAUUCCUGAUUGUACUUUUAUGUCGCUUCAUUCCAAGUUAUGAUAGUUAAACACAUUCAUAUGGUUGCAAUAGCAAUGGGAUAUACACGUUGUAUUAUUAUACAGUACAUCACACGCUGUGUUCUCGUAUCAUUGUGUUGCUUUAAUGUGUGCGUUAACAAAUGAACAGAUUUUUGUUUGUGUUUUGUAAGUGAUGUAUAUAUUUGAAAUAAUUGUAUUGUGACAACUAAAUCUUCCAACUUUUUGUUAGUAAAUUUCAUCAAUUCCUUUUAAUAUAAUACAGGUACAGUAUAAACAAUGUCAGUUGAAAAUUAAUUUCGAUAUUAUUGAAACUAACAAUUUAAUUUUAUAUUUUUACUACGAAUAAUAGGCAUACUUAUAUUGUAUCUGUUGGUGUCCUUCUUGUGCACAUUAAUUACAAACACCGCUUGUGAUAUAUAAAAGGAUGUUACCGUAGUGUAAUUUGUAUUUUUAAAUUGUACAAGAUGAUACGUUCUACGUACGUACGUGAACUUACAUGUACUUUGUUAAGCUAUUGCUUAAAAAUCAUUAAACAAAUUGCUCAAAACAAUGAGGAGCCAAAAUACAGUUUUGAAAGUCACACACAUCGUGUAAGUAAAUAAUGAUAAUAAUGAAUAAAUUGUUUACAAUCAAAUUGUAGGAACAUUUCAAAUGUAUAAGUAUGAUUACAGUAUUAGUUAUGAUGAAACUUAUAGUUUAACCUAUAAUGACAUUGUUUUGUUGUAAUAAGCAUUAUGCGAGUUAAAUACUUAUUGUAACACGAAUGGGGUUACGUAAUACGACAAAUUUACUUUGUGUAAUAAAUUGUAAAUGUUACAUUCAGUGGCUUAACAUAGGUGUACAUUUGAUUACGUAUCUGAUUCCGUUCAGAGAACGGUGCGGGCUCCUUUAAAGCGAGCGAGCGAGGCGAGCGUCGGGAUCCAAACGAGCAUAUCAAUAUAAUUUGUAAAUGCUAGUUGUAUUAAUACGAGAACAGUGUUUAUUUGUUAAUGUUGACGCACACGACACAUUCGUUGCGUAGAGUUAGCUGCGUAGUGCCAGUUGUUCACAAGUGAGUCGAUGUGUAGGUGUUACAUUAGCUUAGGGCCCACGGUGAAUUCAUAAAAAUACAUUCUAUUUCCGUCUCCACUAGUAUGAUAAAAGGCAAUAUGCUCCUAAAUAAAUGCAUUUACUCAAUACAAUGUACCCAAACUAGUUCGUUAUACUGUCUUUACAAUGGUAUCAAUGUAAUCCAGUAUUAGGUUAAACUUAUAUAAUUAUGAAAUACGCGGUAUCGAUUGAAGUUUAUAUAUUAAAUUUAUUGUACUUAUAAUGGCUGAGACCAAAGCAGUUGUCCUUUGUAUUGUUGCUGUUAGCAAUAUAUUUGGUCAAUUAUUAGAAUGUUUUAUUGAUGGUGGAUGCGUAUAGAUUCGUUUUUUAAUGAACAUUUUAAUCUUCAAAUUAUUAUCAUCGUUUAUAGAGGUUACGACUGCAACGUUCAUUGUAUUAGACUAGAAAAAUACACAUUCCAUCGGUUAAUUUAGUUCUCAAUGUAUAUUUAAUCAUGUACCCGAAGAUUUAAAUGAUAUAUUUAUUUUUUAAAUGAGAUAUUACUGAUGUCACUGCGACUACAAAUUAACAUGCAUCAAUGCAGGAGUCGUUAGACGUGCAAAGGCAUCAGAAUACCGAGUUCCUACUCAUAAGGAGGUUUACAAUGUUAUUCUGUCAUUGAUUAAUGAAUAUUAGCCGAAUAUUACAGUAAUUAACUCAUCAAAAGUUCUCGCGCUCUCUUUCUUGUUAAUAGCGUUAGUACCAUCGAAAAAAGGUAUAGGCAGUGAUUGUUGGAUUUGAUAUAGUUUAUUAAUAUUGUUAAUCUUAUGCUGUAUAAAUAGAGUAAUUAAAUGCUAUAUGUGUAACAUGGACGUUUGAUUUAUUCCAGUAGUCGCUAGAUUAAUUAUUGGCUUUAUACUAACUGUUAAUCUGGAUAACCUCAUAAUGUCUCAGGAUUAUUAUAUUAGGUAAGCUCCGUUUGAUCUAUAGUAAUUAAAUAUUUCAAUAAGAAUACACGAGGUCAAAGUAUUUAUUAGAAAGGAAUGAAGUUUUAUAUAUGUGUUGUUUUGAUUAGCCAGGCGAGUGGAAUAGUUAAAUUUAAAUUGUGCU